AUGGGUCAGUGGCUUUGCUUUCGCGGGGGGAGCACAGAAGGAGGGAAGGAAUGCGAUGGGGAUGAGUUAUCAGUUUACUCUGAAGUGGGAGAGAAAAUGUCCCGGGAAGAGCGCUACAGUAAUGCCGAUUGCCCAGAUUCGGGCUCGUCGUUACUCCCCGGGGUAAUGUGGAGUGAACAGCCCGUGGAGCAGGCGCGCUUUGAGGAUUUUGGCGGUAGCUCUUGUGGUAGUGUUUUCCCUCCUCACCGAAAGCACCGUGAUUACAAGCUCUUUGGAGGCCUUUUCGAUGCUAAUGUUUCGCUGCUUUCCUUGUGUUCCUGUGAAGAUGCGGGCAUGCCACAGCACAUACUUCUUGGUGGUGAAGGUGGGGGCAUCGUUCUGCUGAACUACGCGUCAGGUGAGGUUGUGCGUCGGUGGUCUGAAGCACACAGUGGCGAUGUGAAUAAGUUAACGAGACCGCUAGAGACGGGCAUGUUUGCCUCUUGCAGUCGUGACAGCACUGUUAAAGUCUGGGAUACUGAAUGCAACGAGGCGCUUUGCACGCUUCGGGGUCACAGAGCAAACGUGACGAGUAUCACUCAGCUUCUGAAUGGCACCUUCCUUGUUUCGGGAAGUCGUGACAAUUCAGUGCGGCUAUGGGAUAUAAUAGAAGGCCAAGAGGUGGCUUGCUGCGAUGUCAAGCAAAAUAUUGUACACUUCGUGCGGUGGGUACCUUCGUUGGGUUGUGUGGCGCAGGGUGGUGAGGAUUUGACUGUGCGACUAUGGGACGUGCGCACGAGCUCCGACGGUAUGAAGGCGAUAGAUCUCAGUUUGGGUUUUACAAUGGCGUGCAUUGACUAUCAUCCGAUCUGCUGCGAACUCUCCCCAGACGAGGGUUCGUACACUCUGCUGACUGGUCAUAAUGGGUUCAAUGGGCAUGGGGCGUACGUCGUCGAAUGGGACCUGCGCAUGCAAGACCGCGUGCGGACCUUUAAGGCCCACAACGGUACAGUGCGGAGCAUACGCAGCUGUCCGUUAGCGAAAGGGAUGCCUAACAGACACUACAUGAGCGCAGCUGACGAUGGAACUGUUGCCUUCUUUUCGACUGCGGACGUAGAUGGUGCAGUUGAAGUGUCGGUGGAUCCGGCUAACAUUCACAAGGUAUCAGGUGCUUCGGUUAAAUGCAUUGAUACGAGCAGCGGUGGCGAUAUUUUUGCGUCAACAUCUGAUGGUGCCGUUAUCGUAUGCUGCCAAACACAACGUGGAAGUGAAGCUGUGGCCUCAUUGUACCACUAUCGCUAUUUCGGGGCCAGCCCAGGCUAA